UUAGAAAAAAUUUCUAAUUAAACAUGGAAUCUGAGGAUUCAAUAGUGUUUGACGACUUGAACAUUUUAGAGGAAUUUGUUGGAGACAGUGAUUGUGGUUUAGAUAGUUGUGAAAGUUUAAAGUAUGUUUCUAAAAUAAGUUCCUUACGCAUCCAAGACGUAAGUCUGCAUGAUGAAUAUAUAGAUUAUAAAAUGGAAGAAAAGUUUCCUGAAAGUGAGGGAGAGUUUUUAGAUUUUGUUUUGGAGAAGGUUUUCGAUGCUGAAUCUUUAAAGAUUCCUGCCAUAAAAAAAGUAGAUGACUUUAUUGGGGUCCAAAGAGUAGAUGACUGUAAUACUGAGGGUUUUGUUAUGAAAGAGGUAGAAUACAAAAAGAAACUUACAGGAAAAAGGUUAUCAGAUAAUAAAAGACCAUCUAGACUCUGCAUAUUUUGUGGCCAACUGAAACAAAAGCUAAGUAGACAUUUGAAAAAUAAGCAUGGAAAAGAGCCUCUGGUUGUUGAGGCUGUGAAUCAGCCAAAGUUAGUAAGGAAAAAACUCUUUGCUAAAAUAAGAAGAGAAGGAAUAUUAAUUUACAAUAAAAGUCAGUCUUCCACUGAUAAUCCUAUAUAUCAACGUGAAAAAAGUGGCACCAAAUAUAAAAAUUUAAUGCGGUGCAGUGCUUGCAACAGUUUCAUAAGCAAGAGGUUCUUCACCAGGCAUGCUCAAAAGUGUUCACUUAGUACAAUUAAUGCAGUUGAACCAAUUUCAGUUUCUACUGAAUCAUUAGAUAUCCCCAAGUCGCUAGAUCUUGACCCAGGUUUUGUAAGGAAUGUUUUAGGAAAAAUUCGAAAUGAUGAGAUUGGUAAAUUAUGCUGCACUGACGAAAAUAUUGUAUACAUUGGUUCUAAGUUGUAUUGGAAACUUCACAAAAAAGAGGAUAAAGCGGCAGAAGUUUUUCGAUCUGUAAGGGAAGAUAUGAGGCGACUUGCGAAUUGCUUUAAUAUUUUUAAGCAGCUGGAUGGUAUACAUGCUUUAUAUUCCAACUCUCUAGAUAUGUUUAAUCGGAGUAAUUUUGAGCAACUUUCUGAGGCCAUAGAAUUGUAUACAAAAAGAGAAGAUUUGUCUCUUAAAGCAGGCUUAAAACAAAACUUGUAUUAUCUUAUCAAAAAAUCUGCAACUCUUGUGCAGUAUUCAUUUUACUCAAGGAAGAAAGAUGAUGAAGCUGCUGAGAUCUCCAAAUUUAUUCAAUCUUUUAAGGGUUGGUAG